AUGUCUAAUUUUUGUAUUGAAGAAAAUGAUUUUAUAUCUUCUGAUGUUGAUGCUGAUAAUAUGGAAAGUUUUGAUUAUGAUGACUAUGUACAUUUUCCUCAAGAUGAUGAUCAUAUACGAUUUUCUGAAGAUGAUGAUGAUGUACGAAAUAUUCAAGAUGAUGAUGAUGGACGAAAUAUUCAAGAUGAUGAUGGACAAAAUAUUCAAGAUGAUGAUGAUGAUGUACGAAAUAUUCAAGAUGAUGAUGAUGGACAAAAUAUUCAAGAUGAUGAUGAUGAUGUACGAAAUAUUCAAGAUGAUGAUCUGAUGAUUAAUGCACAAUUUGAUCUAAAUGGAACUGAACCAACAAUAGAAUUACAUAUUGCAAAAUAUAUAUGCAAAGCCAAUUUAGAUAAGACUAAGACAAAUCAAUUAUUAUCAUUACUAAGCCAUGUAUUAGCUACUAUCGUUGAAAUACCAAGACCUUUUCGUGAUAAUGAACAAAAUACAAUACUUUUAUGUCUUUGGCAUUCAUCAUGUGGCCCAACAGCUGAACAAUUACUUGAUCGUAUUGUAAAUGAUCUGUCUCUUUUGUUAACAACUGGUAUAGAUAUUGAUAUUCGUGGUACAGGUACCAUUCACUUCGACUUGUUUAUUCAAGGUGUGUGUGCUGAUGGUCCGGGUCAAUCAAAAAUUACCGAGAUGAUAUCUCAUAAUGGAUAUUAUGCUUGUCGAGUUUGUGAAUUCGAAGGAAUCUACUAUGACUCUGAUCGAACAUGUACUUAUCCAUGGUCCGUAUAUGUACAAGAAAAUCCACGUUUUCGAACAAGAAAUCGAUUUGAAUCGUGUUUGAACGAAGCUGAAUAUCUGAAAAAUACUGGUGGUAAAAAUAUUAAUGUUUUUGGAAUAAAAGGUGUAUCACCAUUAAAUCGUCUUCUUUUUAUUCCAACUCAAGCAAUAUAUGAUUAUUUCCAUUUAUGUUUAGAAGGUCAUAUGAAGGUAUUACUAAAGGAAUGGAAUGACAUGCAUUCUGGUACAAAUAUUCAAACAUGUGAAAUUAUUGCUCAAUUUGAUGAUUUCUUAUGCAAUAUAGAUUAUCCCCAUUCAAUUCAUCGUCGAGUUAGGUGUUUCCGAUCAUUUCAUGAUUGGAAAGCAUCUCAGCUUCGAUUAUUUCUGAUUUACUUAGCUUUACCAUUUCUUUUAUUCUUUAAUCAUUAUUUUCCACCAUUAUUGAUUUACCAUUUUUCAUUAUAUGCAAUUUAUAUAAGAAUUUUAUGCCAUUUUAAUGAAAAAAAAAAUGUUUAUGAUUCACGUGUAUUUAUUGAAACUCAUUUACGACGAUUUUCAGAAUUUUAUCCCAUGUCAAAACAGCUUCUUUCAACACAUUGUAAUACACAUCUGUGGCAGCAAGUGAUUCGCCACGGGUCUCUCACUGCCACCAGUUUUCGUGUUCUCGUGAUCAAUCUGUUAUUUUUCGGUCCAGAUACAAACAACGUCUUAUCAUAUAUCAUUCUAUUUCUUAUUCUUUACGUAAAAAAUCGUGUAGCUUCAAUAUAUGCUUUAGUAAUAGUAACUGCUCCAAAACAAAAUGUUUCGAAAAUGUCAAAGAGCACUGUCUCGAAAAACAAUGCUUCACAGCGUGUUAUCAUUGCAAGUUCAACAUCUGCAACUCAAUAUCGAUCUUCAUCUGAAUAUCAAUCUUCGUCUCAACAUCAAACUUCAUCUCAGCAACAACCUUCAUCUCUGCAUCAGCAUUCAUCUCAACUUCAAUCACCAAGUAUUCAUCGAUCUCCAAAUGUUCGCCGAUCUUCUAAUGUUCAUCAACCUUCAUAUGUUCGUCAACCUUCAGAUGCUCAUCAAUCUUAUAGUCAAACCACUAAUUAUUUUGGACCUAUUCGUUCUUCUAGUACACAAAAUCAUUCACAUACAUUAACUUCAUCUAAUAGUCAACAACGUGCAUCGCCAUAUACCACUAACUCUCCACGUACAAUACGUGGUAUGCCAAAUCGCGAGGUGAAUAUUCAAUCUGAUCAAUGUGAAGAGGAAUUUACUCGUCCUACUCGUCUUAUUACUGUUGAUGAAAAUUUACUUCAUUUACUUCUCGAACGAUCUGACUUUAUGGAAAACGAAAUACGAACAUUGAACUAUACAACUAAUCAAAUUUUGAAGAUUGCUCGCCAAUCUCUCAAAGAUCAAGAGCUUUUUCCAACUUCACAACCUACAUCAAAAUUAACUCCAGUUUUUUGGAAUGGAGAGAAUCUGAUCGAGAAUACUCGAACACCUUUACCUACCACAUUUUUAUGUAAUUUAGUACGAAAAAUGUAUACAACUGACGAGAUAAAAAGUCGUGUACCGCAAUUGAAGUCUCAAGCUGGUGAUGAACGAUUAGAAAAAAUUAAAGAAUGUCUGGUUCAACUGUACUUUUCACAAAAUCCAUCUUUGAUUAACACAUUCAUGAAAUCAAAAGGACAUGAUAGUUUAUAUUGGCAAGAACGUUCACAAAGAAGUCGAGAUAAAUCAAAAGCACGAGCAGCUCAAAAUAAUAACAAUAACAACAACAAUAAUAAUGAUAAUAAUGAUAAUAAUGAUAAUAAUAAUAAUAAUAAUAAUAGUAAUAAUAAUACUAACAGCAAUCAAAAUGUGACUCCUAAUCAAAUUCAUAUGAAUAAUAACUUGAAUAACUUUGAUGUUGAUCUUCAGAUACAUAGCUUUGAUGACAUUUAA